CUGGUCAUGAUGGUAUUUAACAGCUGAUCAGGCUUUACCCGUGUUUGGAACAAGGACACCCUAAGAACACACACACACACAGAGAGAGAUUGCUUCCCAUUCACAAGCAUCAAACAACAUCCAAGAUGAGUUCAAAAGUGAUGGUGCUCAUUGUCCUGCUGUGUGUGACUGGCAUCGGUGUGUUUUGGAGAGAAGACAUCUCACUAUACUUCCUGCCUCAGGAUGAAAUACCCUGUGCUUGUGACCAAUGUUUAUGUGAAGAUGGUCUGUUGUUGUCACAGCAUUUCAGAAAAUUUGCUGAACCAUUUUUGUCGGUAAACUACAACCUUUCAGAUGAUGAUUUCAACUGGUGGAGGCGCAUACAGAAUGAAAGGCGUGACUACAAUUACUACAAAACAACAGUGGACAAGAUAGUCCAGAUGUUCCCAUCCAGUGCUGAUGUUGAACCACCCAGCCCUGACCGCUGCAGGACUUGUGCUGUGGUGGGGAAUUCUGGUAACUUGAAGAAUUCACAUCAUGGACCUCUCAUAGAUUUCCAGGACAUCGUCAUAAGAAUGAACACUGGUCGCACCAAAGGCUUUGAAGCAGAUGUUGGGACCAGAACAACUCAUCAUGUCAUGUAUCCAGAGAGUGCUGUGGAUUUAGAUAACACCACUCGUCUUGUGCUGUUUCCAUUCAAGAUAAUGGAUCUUGAGUGGAUUAUGAAGGCCAUCAGCACAGGAUUUUCUGGAAGCUCAUAUAUGCCAAUUAAAUCAAAAAUCAAGGCCAACAAGGAUUUGGUGAUGGUCCUUAACCCAGCCUUCAUGAGGUAUGUUCAUGACGUGUGGCUAAGAAGGAAGGGCAGGUAUCCAUCCACUGGCUUCAUGGCUUUGGUUCUUGCCCUGCAUAUUUGUGACGAGGUCCAUGUGUUCGGUUUUGGAGCAGACAGUGAUGGAAACUGGAGUCAUUACUGGGAAAACUCAAAGACAAAAAGUUAAAAACUGGAGUACAUUCUGGAAAUCAUGAGUAUGGACUCCUCCAGAAGCUAGCUAAGCAUCAACUACUCAAGUUUUAUAUGGGUAGAGAUUCAUCUCU